AUGCCGCGGUCGUUCCUACUGAAUAAGAAAAAGAAGAAACAGGGGGCAUGUGGAGGAUGGAGGUGGAGAGACCCAGAGCAGACAGACUGGAAAGAGGACAACAGAACAGGUCAGUUCUGGAUAUGUUUAUUCAUAUUGUUCAAGAAGACAAGUAUUAUUUUUCUUCUUCUUCUACUGUUGUUAAUAGUAGUAUCUGAGAAAAUAGUAAAUGUGCAAGAAAAGGGAGAAAGAGAAACUACAUGUAAAGUGUUGGUCCCAUGUUUCAUGAGCUGAAUUAAAACAUCCCAGAAAUUUUCCAUACGCACAAAAAGCUUAUUUCGCUCAACUUUUGUGCACAAAUUUGUUUACAUCCCUGUUAGUGAGCAUUUCUCCUUCGCCAAGAUAAUCCAUCCACCUGACAGGUGUGGCAUAUAAGAAGCUGAUUAAACAGCAUGUUCAUUAUACAGGUGCACCUUGUGCUGGGGACAAUAAAAGACCACUGUGUGGGAGCCUCAUUAUUUUGUUCGAUCUUUACUGUAUUUAUUACAAUGUAUUAUUUUUGUUGAAGAAAAAAAAUCCUAAUUAUUAUUAUUAUUAUUAAUACAGACAAUCCGUAUUUGCAUUUAGUUUGAAUUGUAUUGUUGUCAUUUUUAGGAAAGUUACAGGUUUGUUUUAUCAGAUGACAGAAUAUUAUAGAAUAGCCUCACAGGCAGUUUGAUACUGGUGUUGCCUCAUAGGUUGGUUAUUUUUAAUGAAUGUCUAUGCGUGUUUUGAGUCUUUGUCUCUUACCUUUUCAGUGUGUGAGAAUGCUGAGGUGCAGUCUACAACAGUCACCUGCCCUGACUCCCCUAAAUAUGUGGCUCUGCCUGAGCCAGCUAUCCCCUCCUCAGGACCAGGACUUUGGGCAGGGCCAAUAGGCGGAACAGGACCAGUACCAGGGGAAGGACCAGAGGUCGGGCCAAACAGGGGCCAAGGUUGGUCCAAUCUUCUGUCCCAGACCAUGGGCCAGGGUCAUUUCUACCUCCCUGCUGCACUGGCACUGGCCUCCAGAGCCAAGGUAAACUCCCACUGCAUUUCUAUGAGACACUGGUGUCUAUGAAAUGUCUGUUGGUUGCUGUGAAACACAGUUAUGUAUAGGUAGAUAGUCUCGGAAUGCCAUCCUUCCAAGUCUUGUUCAUCACUCAGAGGAAACCUGGAAAUCUUUGUGAUAUGCUGUAAAAGGAAGUUCACAACUCAUGAAAACCAUGUUUGAUUGAAUGUGUCCUAGAGUCCCUUAUCAAAGAGUUUACAUUAAAUUGAAGCAGUGUCUGUGUCAUAACCGACGUGUUCCUGUCUUCUUUCCCUCAGCCCCGCCCCCGUGUCCCCCCCAGCUCGGGUGACUUCCUGUGUUCGGUGUGUCACAAGGUGUUUCCCCUGCAGCGCAUGUUGACGCGCCACCUCAAGUGCCACAGCAUGGUGAAGAGACACCCCUGUCGCUACUGUGGCAAGGGCUUCAACGACACCUUCGACCUCAAGAGGCACAUGCGCACACACACAGGUGAGAGGAGUGAAAACACACACACUACUCCGUCUUCAACCCCCCCUCACACACUCUCCUCACCCGCUCUCCCCUCCUGCCAGGUAUCCGUCCGUACCGCUGCGAGCUGUGCGACAAGGCCUUCACCCAGCGCUGCUCCCUUGAAUCCCACCUGAGGAAGAUCCAUAGCGUGCGCCAGCAGUACGCCUACCGCCAGCGCCGCUCCAAGAUCUUUGUGUGCGAGGACUGUGGCUACACGUCCAACCGUCCCGAAGAGUACUUCCUCCACGUGCGCCAGUGCCACCCGGGCAGCCCAGCCCUGCGGCGCUACUACCGCCGCCAGGCACACGAGGGCACCAACAACGUGCCCGCCGAACACAAACUCAGUCCCUUCUUGAUGUAUCCCACUGGGUACUAUGUGGGUUGA